AGUAAAUCUCACACUAAGUUGUAUAUUUGCUUAUAUGUAGCUCUCGAUUGUUUUCUAUUUAAACUAUUAGACCAGUGGUUCUCACCUUGACUACAUGUUAGCAUCAUGCAGGAAGCUUUUAGAAAUCUCAACGCUCAGGCCAUCCCUCAAAUCAAUUAAAUUAGAAUCCCUAGGACCUACACAUUAGUGUUUUGUUUCCUAUUUUUUAACUCUCCAGUUGAUUAGAAUAUAAAGCUAGGAUUGAGAACCACAAUGUUAGACUAUAAAGACAUGCAUUUCCCUAAUCUGUGCUUUGAAAACAAAGAUCUUAGUCUGGGGAGUUAUAAGAUAGAGCUGUGAUUAGGAGAAAAAUGGGCAUCACAAGUGUUAGGUUAUGGAAGAUUCUGAAAGGUACAAGAUGCAAAGAAGCUUGAGUUUCUGGAGUGAGUCAAAAACAAGGAAUCUUAGCAGAGCUGAGGACAACAAAGUUAGAGAAGACCGAGGAACAGACUAAGACGGGAGAAUAGAAAGUGUAAGAAACAUAGUGGAUAAAAGAAAUUUAGAGUGUACUUAUCUUGGUGAGCACUAAGUAAUGUAUAAAAUUACUGAAUCAUUCUGCUGGUAUACCUGAAACUAGUAUAACAUUAUAUAUUAAUUAUAUUUCAAUUAAAAAAGGAAAAGAGGGUGAUGGGCACUGAGGGGGCACUUGACGGGAUGAGCACUGUGUGUUAUGCUAUAUGUUGGCAUAUUGAACUCCAAUAAAAAUAUAUAGAAAAAAUAAAUAAGGAAAAGAAAAACAUAGUUGAGGCAUGUUACAGAAGGAUUAGACCAGGAAUUCUGAUCUUGGAGCCAAUAAAUAGGCUUCAUAUCUUCACAGAAAGUGUUUAUACCAUUUAUAUAUAUUAUUUUCUGAGAUGUCUAUAUCUAGAAAAAGAUAGAAAAUAUCAGUGUAUGAAAAAGACGAGGGCUAAAGUAAUAGUAAUCAGACCACAGUUCCAGAACUGCCUCUCGAAUUUUUAUAUGUGACCUGCAGUUUCUCUAGGCCCCUCUAUUACCUAUAUUAUAAUCUUUUUUUAAGAUUUUGUUUAUUUAUUCAUGAGAGACACAGAGAGAGAGGCAGAGGCAGGCAGAGGGAGAAGCAGGCUCCAUGCAGGGAGCCCAAUGCGGGACUUGAUCCUGGGACUCCGGGAUCAUGCCCUGAGCCAAAGGCAGACGCUCAACCCCUGCCCAGGCUUCCCAAUAUUAUUUAUAAUCUUCUGAUCCAAUUUGUGAAGAAACAAAGGAGGAACUGAGGAGAAAAUUAUGUAUACUAUAUACUGUAUAAGUACUAAACAAAUAUGCAAAACUUCAAAUAUAAUCUGAGUUUAUAAUCAUAAUGAAGAUCAUUAGCUCAAUAUUAGGCAGUGGUGCUCAACAAUGGCUGUUUAGAAAAAUCAUCUAAAAACACUUUCAGAAAGUAAGAAAGCCUGGUUCCACUCCUGGAGAUUCUGAUUUAAAUGCCCCGAUGUGGAACUGUAACAUGAAUAUUUUUAAAGUUUUCCACAUGGUUCUAAUGUGUAGCUAGCAUUGAGAACCACGAAGCUAGAAGAAACCAGGAUUCCUGCUUAUCUUACAUAACUUGAGUGCUCUCAAAAUGUCUUGUGUUGGCCAAGUGAAUCUAAGCCUUAAUUUUCAUACUUGUUAAAUGAGGACAUUAAUAGUUUUAUAAAAGGUUUGUCAUGAGCAUGCAUAGUCCUAGAUUUAGUCCUUUGCUUUGCAGGAAGUCCAGAAUCUUCGGGGUAGAUCAGCCUCAAAUCAGGGACUUGCUCAGAUCAUAAACAAACUUGGCAAACACUGAUAAAUAAUCAAGGAACUAGAAAGGUAUUCCAUUAGUGUAUUUCCCGCACAUUCUCUAAUAAUAAUUACCUGGGGUAUUGUUAAAAUACAAAUUCCCUCUCCCACAGAUAUUGUAUCAUGUCCUCCAGGGAAGGGGCUUGGGGAUCUAUAUUUAUAUAAUACUCUAAUUCUUAUCAGAGAAGUCUGGGAAACAUUUUAAUUUAAGUUAAUACAUUGUCAUUCUAGUAUUGAUUUAUGGUAGGAGGAGUAUAUUUUUUCAGUUCCCAGGGUUUUUAAAAUUUGAAUCUAUCAUCCAGGGUAUCCCUUUUAUGGUAUCAAAGAAUAUAGGAAACAAAUUAUAAUCAAAAAAUAACUUGGUGAACACGAAAUCAGAGCACUGGGAGAGAGGAUAAUUAUAAGGAAUCAUUCAUUCAGUCUUUGGUGUAACCUGCUGAGUUCUCCUGGUUCACUAGAGUAUAUGUCGGUAAUAAGCAGAAUCCUUGUGUUUUUCCAAGUUAGCAUCUUUCUUUCCCCUUGAUAAUAUUCUCCUGUUUCUGUGAAUAAUCUUUGGACAAGGCUAGUACACUUGAUAAUGAUUAGUUUAGCAUCCUUUGAAUGAUUAAGUUGCUGUUUGAUUUAAAACAUGACCUCACUUGACCCUAAAAUUACUGCAGCCACCAAUUUAUUUCCUCUUCUUUAGAGUAGGAUUAUUUUAUAUUUAGCUUAUGAAAUUUAUUAUUUGCUACUUCUGACCAAAGAGAAAGUGGAAGGAUGAUGAAGUUAAGAAAAUAAAGAUUAAUUUAUCCUCUUUCAAUUCUACCUAAGAAGCAGAAUAGAGAGUAGAUAGUAUACCUAUUCUAUAGUUCUUAACUCUUUGGAAGUGGUAACUAGUAGUUUUGCUUUAGAAUUUUGCUUUCAGCUUUAUCCUGAGAGUGGGGCUCACUGAACCUCUCUCCUUUCUAAAAUCUGUCUGUGGAAAUUACUUUUGGUAAACUAAUGCACUACAGUGAUUUCAGCAUUUAGUAUGAGAACCUACAUUUGCCAUAUUUGUAAUAUCACCUUUACAUCUUUAGAAAUGUUCCGGUCCCAUAUGCAAGGAAGUGAACACCAAAUUAAAGAAUCCAUUGUUAUCAAUCUAGUGAAGAAUUCAAAGAAGACACAAGACUCUUACCAAGAUGAAUAUGCAGAUUAUAUCAAAGUGCAGAAAGCCAGAGGACCAGAGUCCAAGACUUGUUUCAGAAAGAUGGAAGAGGGUUCUUUGGAAACCCGUGGGUACAGGGAAGUACUUGAUUCCAGAUCCAGACAUAGAAUGUUUAAACAAAGACUCCCAUGUGAGACUUUCCGAACAUACCCAGGAUCAUACAAUAUUUCACAAACAGCAGAAAACCAGUUACCUCAUUGCUUACCAGCUCAUUCAAAGAAGACCUAUGACUCUUUCCAAGAUGAAUUGGAAGAUUAUAUCAAAGUGCAGAAAGCCAGAGGACUAGAUCCAAAGAUUUGUUUCAGAAAGGUAAGAGAGAAUUCUAUGGAAACCCGUGGGUACAGAGAAAGUGAUUCUGGACACAGACAAAGAAUGUUUGAGCAUAGAUUUUCACUUGAGACUUCCCAGACCUACCAACAACCAUAUAAUAUUUCACCAGUGGAAAGCCAGCUACAUCACUGGUUACCAGCUCAUUCAAAGAGGACUUAUGAUUCUUUCCAAGAUGAACUUGAAGAUUACAUCAAAGUGCAGAAAGCCAGAGGACUAGAGCCAAAGACUUGUUUUAGAAAGAUUAGUGAUAGCUCUAUGGAAACCCAUAAGUACAAAGAAAUGGUUGAUUCCAGACCCAAACAUAGAAUGCUUGAGCAAAAACUCCCAUUUGAGACUUCCCAGACCUAUACAGGAUCAUACAGUAUUUCACAAGCAGUGGAAAACCAGUUACCUCAUUGCUUACCAGCUCAUGACAGCAAACAGAGACUAGACUCUAUGACCUCUUGUCAACCCAUCAGAGACUAUUUCCCAGAAAAACCAGUACCCCUGAGCCUUAGUCAACAAGAAAAUAACUCUGGCCCAUACGGUGUAGAAUCUGAAGUUUACAAACACCUUUCCUCAGAAAACAGUACCAGUGACCAUCAAGCAAGUCAUAAACGGAGACAUCAAAAGAGAAGAAGGCACCUGGAGAAAGGUGAAGAAAAGCCAGAGAAAGAGCAGUCCAAGCAUAAAAGGAAAAAGAGUUAUGGAGAUACUGAUCUAGAGAAGGAUGAGAGCAUCCGACAAAGGAAAAGAGAGGGAGAUAAAGUCAGUGUCAGCUCAGGAAAGCUUAAACAUCGAAAAAAGAAAAAAAGCCAUGGUGUGCCCACUGAGAAAGAAGAACGUAAACACAAGAAAGAGAAAAAGAAAUCUGUUGAAGAAAAGACCGAAGAGGAAAUGCUUUGGGAUGAAUCUAUUCUUGGAUUUUGAACUUUUAGUUUUGUUUACCUAAGGAUGAAUUGAAGAAAUAAGUUAAUAUGGAUUUAGACAAACAGGAGCAUCUAGUGAAGAAAAGAAACAGUGCAUACAGUAUCAGUUCAGAAAAGCUUAGUUUUUGUGUGUAUAAAUUGAAAUUGAAUUGAAAGAAGAAACAAACAAGCUUAAACCUACCCUCUGAGAAAGAGCAUAAGAAAAACAUAAGAACAUAAGAUAAAAGGAAAUCUAUUGAAGAAAAUAUGAGAGUCAGUGUUUUGGGAUAAGUCUGUUCUAGGAAUUUGAACAUUUCAUUUUGUUUACCUGAGGAUGAAUUGAGGAAAUCAAUUUAGAAAAUGGAUUUAGACAAAAAACAAGAACAUCCAAUGAAGAAGAGAAGAGGUGAAUAUGGGCAUUGUCAAUUUAGGAAAGUUUAGUUUUGAGGGUAUAAAAAUUGAAAUUGAAUUGAAAGAAGAAACAAGUGUAAACCUAGCCUCUGAGAAAGAAGAACAUAAGAAUAGAAAAGAAAAUGAAACCUAUUGAAGAAAGAUAAUGCUUUGGGAUGAGUCUACUCUUGGAUUUUGAAUUUUUUAGUUUUGUUACCUUAAGGUUGAAUUGAAGAAAUAAGUUGAAGAGUUUGGUUUCAUGAAAUUGUUGUUAUUUGAAUUUUCCUAAGUGAAGAGUUAACUUUAACCUCUAACAAAAGCCAAGUGAAGUAAAAGUAUUCAAUAUGCCUUUUCCUCAAGCUACUUUUCCUCAUUUUCUUAAAAAAAAGCAAAGCAAAAUUACGUUUCUUACAUAUAAUGUAAUUUUACUUAAUGAGGUUGUCUUUACUUCUAUUCAUCAAAUUGCUGUGGUGGUGAAUUAUUCACCCAUGGGAGAUAAUUUAUUUUAAAUGAGAGAAUUACCAGGCAUUACAGAAUCCAUUCCUUGUUUGGGUUUUUGUUGGUGUUGUUGGUAUUUUGUUGUUGUUGUGUUUAUUUGUUUCUUGGUUUUCUCCAAGAAAAAUGUAUGAAGAAAUUUAGACUGAUUUUUUUGUUUGUUAAAUCUAAUUUGCAGUGUAUUUUUGUAUUUUCUAGUUCGGAAAGUGAAAAUGAAAUAGUCUAUGAUAAGUUUAGACGAUAUAUAGUUUUAAAAAGCUUUCAAAAAGUACUGGUACAAAAUCAGUCUAUAUUCUGGAAAUGUUUAUAUUAUAUUAAAGUGUUUUAAUUUCUACA